AUGUCGUAUCCAGGCCAGCACGGCUACGGCGCCCAGCCGCAUGGCCAAGGCUACGGCCAGCAAUACCCUCCGCCUCCCCAGGCCGGCUAUGGCGGAUCGCCCUAUCCUCCCCAGCACGGCCAGUACCCUCCGCCCGCAGGCCCUCCUCCAGGCCAGUACGGCGCGCCUCCGCCGCAACACGGCGGCUACUACCAGCAACCCCCACCCGGCCAAUAUCCUCCCCAAGGAGGCCACUAUCCUCCUCCUGCCGGACCUCCGCCGGGUCAGUACCCGCCCCAGGGCGGCCAGUACGGCGCGCCUCCGCCGAUCCCUCCGUCGCCCUACGGACAUUCGCCCGCGCCUAGUGGCUACGGCGCACCGCCUCCCGGCCCCCCGCCCAGCCAGCAGUAUGGCGCCCCGCCGCCCCAGCACUUCGGGCCUCCGACGCCCGCGUCGCUUGGCUACGGCCCGCCCCAGAUCAUCCAGUGGGAUGGCUCACCCGACGCCGCCGCGGCGCGGGCUGCGAUGAAGGGGUUUGGCACCGAUGAAAAGGCACUGAUCCGCUGCUUGGCGACCAAGGACCCUUUGCAGAUCGAUGCGAUUAGGACCGCCUACCACCGAAACUUCAAGCGCGACCUCGAGCAGGAUAUCAAGAAGGAGACGAGCAGCUGGUUCCAAAAGGGCCUGGUGUCGGUGGCGCGCGGUCCUCUCAGGUCAGACAUCUACAACCUGUAUGAGGCCAUGGAUGGCUUGGGCACGAAGGAGAGUGUCCUCAACGACGUUCUCCUUGGACGGUCCAACGCCGAUUUGCAGGCCAUCAAGAGCGCGUAUCAGCAGACGUUCAAGAGGCGCCUCGAGGACGAUGUCAAGGGCGACCUCAGCCUCAAGACGGAGAGGCAUUUCCUCAUUGUGCUCGGCGCAAACAGGGCAGAGGAUUCGGCGCCCGUCGUGCCGCAGCAGGUGGACUCUGAUGUUAUGGAGCUGUACAAGGCCACCGAGGGCAAGAUCGGCACGGACGAGAUGCUGGUCUGCAGCAUCCUCAGCACGCGCAACGACAACCAGAUCCGCGCCAUCAACCAGGCGUACGAGCAGAAAUUCAGGAGGAAGCUGGACGAUGUCAUCAAAAAGGAAUUUUCUGGUCACAUGGAAGACGCGCUGCUCUUCCAGCUCCGCCACGCCGUCGACAAGUACAUGCACGCCGCGCAGCUCCUCGAAGACUCGAUGGCCGGCCUCGGCACCAAGGACCACCUCCUCGUCGCGCGCGUUGUCCGGUACCACUGGGACCGGGAGUUCCUGGCCAACGUCAAGGGCGCAUACCAGGCCAGGUACAAGCGCAGCCUGGCGGGCAGGAUCAAGGGCGAGACGAGCGGGGAUUACCAGAGGCUGAUGCUCGCGUGCAUCGGCGAGAACAUUUGA